AUGUCCCGAGUCCGGGGACCACAGGGUCAUCAGAGCCCUGCCCGCUACCAAGACGACUUUGACGCUUACGACUACGGUAACUACGACCAGUACGAGAGGGAUGACUAUUACGAUGAGGAGGGUGCAGGCGGAGAGUACGAUACUCACGACAGGAGAAGGGCGUAUCCGCCUCAACAGCGAGGAAACGCAAAUUUCGGAGGCUGGGAGGGUGAUGAUACCUACGAGACGGUACCCCGGCGAGGUGUUCAGCAAAUUGAGAUCGACAGCUACCACCCUGCUGAGGAAAAAUAUUCAUACCGAGAAGAUGGCCGACGCAGUACAGUACGAACCCGCGAGGGCAGCCCGGUGAAGCGCAUCGUAGAAGAAAGGGGCAGUCCGGUGAAGAGUGUUGUCAGGGAUGACCGCAUGCUGCGUGAGUCGCGUAGCGGGAGACAUACGGAGGAGAAUAGCCCUGUACCACCGCCUCCACCGCCACCGACUGGAUAUCCCGGCCAUGGCCCCCACCAUCCUCCCGCCACCCCUGGCCAAAAGAAGGCCGCUCAAGAGCGCGAGCGCCGUGAGCACGAGCAGAGACCAAAUCUCAUUGUCAAAAACACGACGAUAUCAAUCGGACCGCCACCGCCAGCCCAGAAUAAGAAAACUUACGAUCACUCCCCGGAGCUUCGCCCAGCCCCGCCACAGCACGGAGGGCCCGUGAAAGCCAUUCUGAACGCCAUCAAGCUGACCAAUCCGAGGGAGUUGAGCCCAAAGUCGGAGGAUAAGGUGCCGAGGGAGAAUCGGCAAGAACGCCGUGAUGAUAUCAAGCUACUAUCAGCAGCCAAUAAGGUAUCGACGAAUCCCUUCAUGAAGAGUAAUGAGCGGAAAUCGAUCGAGCCAGCUGGAAGGCAUAACGGACUGCAGAAGCAUAAUGUACACGAGGUUGUGCAUAAGAUGAACACCGGCGAUUGGCCUAUCAAGAUUGAAGACGGGGUGAAUACGUUGAAGGAACAGAGGAAUGAGCGUCGAGCCAAUCUCGCACCAGCAGUCCCCGCUCAUGAACGCUCUGGCUCCAGAAGGGUAUCGACAGAACCGGAAAAUGAUCGUGACCGCCGCUACACGGAUGAACAGCGCAUCCGUGACGAGGAAAGACGCCGGGACGAAGAACGGAAUCGCCAGAUUGAGGAACGCCGCAAGGAGCAAGAGCGUAGAAUGGAGGAGGAGCGGCGAAAGGUUGAGGCUGAACAACGCCGCCGGGAAGAAGAACAACGCGAGCGAGCCGUUCGGGAAGAUGAGGAGAGGCAGAGAAAAUUGGCGCAUGAAAGAUCCGAACUGGAGCGGAUCUCCAAUGAAAAACGUCUUGAGGAAGAACGAGCCUUGGAACGAGCGAGGAUUGCACAGGCCGAAAAGGAGGGGCGCCAUAGCGCGGAUUCUCAAUUGGAAGAUGGAAUUCGUUCUCGGGGGCCAUCUAGAGCGCUGAAGAAUGCUCCUUCUCCAUCUGGUUCCUCGCAAAACGGGGAUCCCACUUCCGCCUCGACCGACUCGGCCAUGGGCUCUGAUGAGCUACCACCACCUAUGACACCGAUAAAGUUCCAGGCGGGCACUACCAUUCGGCAAUUGCCGGAAUCGAUCCGCGAGCUUAACGAUGAAGCCGAGCGUCUACUUUUGUAUUUCAAGAGUCAUCGUGAGGUGUUGAAUUAUCUUGGUAUUGGCCUGUCCGAAACGCUGUGGAGCCAUAUGAACGCUCUGCCGAUGGUCAAUACUGAGAUUCGAUGCCAGGGCGUGAAAGAAGUUCCCUCGCAAUUCCGGAAGGCCGAACGAGAGGGUCGCAGCGUUCGUCAUGAAAAGCAGGAACGUGUCAACUCGGACAACUCGGCGAAGAGCUACCGCCACCGUAACCAGUCCACCGAAUCGUACGGCUCGAUCAACGUCUCCCUCCUUGAGCGUGCCCUCUGCACCGACGAUGUCCAUGAUGGGUCCUCCUCGGCCCUCUCCUCCUACCAAAAAGGCCCCGCCGGCACACUAAUGCCUCCGCCGAACUCGCUGAACGCCGCCGCCGAGAGGAGUGGUCGCUUCGUGAAGAAAACAGCUGCAGGGAUCAUUGCCAAGAAGCACAACGAAGGCGGCAGUCCACUUCAGGGGAAACGUGGACCUACCGUACGUCUC